GGGUCUCGUGGGUGUUCAGGCCCUCCCCGUCUCCCGCGACGGCUGUCGGUUGCUAAUCGUCCCCGUUUCGUUGCUGCGGACGCGCAGGGCCGGGUGUCCUACGCCCUGACGAUGGACGGGAAGCCGUACACCGUGCACCUGCAGCAGCAGCUCUUCAUACCCAGCGAGUUCAGGGUCUACACCUACAACGGACAGGGGUCGCUGCUGUCCGACUUCGCAGCCGUUAAGGCUGACUGCUACUACCAAGGAUACAUUGAAGGUGUCCCGAACUCAGCUGUGACGCUUAGCACCUGCUCCGGGCUCAGAGGGCUGUUGCAAUUUGAGAAUGUCAGCUAUGGGAUUGAGCCGCUGGAUUCCUCAUCUGGAUUUGAGCACCUUGUUUAUCAAAUAAAAAACGGAUCCACCAAAAGGCCGCUCUUUGAGAACGAUGACAUGUUUAGAGAUGGAGAGCAGGUGACCGGAGAGGUGUCCCGUACCCUGCACGUUGAAUUAGCAGCUGCCAUUAAAUCGGCCAGAUAUCUGGAACUGGCGAUAGUUUUGGACAAGGGUUUGUACAACUACAUGGGGCCAGACAAGAACGUUGUAACGCAGAAAAUAGUUCAGCUCAUUGGCUUUGUCAAUAGCAUGUUCAGCCGCCUUAACGUGACAAUCGUUCUGUCUUCCCUGGAGUUCUGGACAGAUUAUAACAAAAUCAUUACAACAGGGGAAGCUAACGAAUUACUACAUCGAUUUGUAAAGUGGAAAAACUCCCAUCUUGUCCUGCGGCCCCACGACAUGGCAUAUUUACUUGUGUACAGGGAUCACCCUCGUUAUGCGGGGACAACGUUUGCCGGGAAGAUGUGCGUCAGCAACUAUUCUGGAGCCGUUGCGCUGUACCAAGACAUGGUGACCCUGGAGAGCUUUUCCGUCAUUGUUGCCCAGCUGCUGGGGCUGAGUCUGGGAAUGACCUACGACGAUGUGAGGACCUGUCAGUGUUCUGGACCCACCUGCAUCAUGCACAAGAAUGCCAUACUGUUCAGUGGUGUAAAAAGCUUCAGUAGCUGCAGCAUUGGAGACUUUGAAACCUUUAUUAAACAUAGCGGAGGACACUGCCUUUCCAAUAGGCCGCAUUUGAAUCCAUCCUACAAGAGUCCAAGCUGCGGCAAUGGUAUUAUAGAAGAUGGAGAGCAAUGUGACUGUGGCUCCGCACAGGAAUGCACACAGAAUAGAUGCUGUACUACGGGGUGUAGAUUAGCAAGAGGCGCGCGGUGUGCUACUGGGUUAUGCUGCUAUAGUUGUCAGAUAAAAGCAAGGAACAGGAAAUGCAGAGAGAGGGUGGAUAAUCAAUGCGAUCUCCCCGAGUUCUGCAACGGGACCUCAGCGUUCUGUCCACAGGACGUCUUUGUCCAAAAUGGGCACAAAUGCGAGCGCAACGCCGGCUACUGUUACAACGGGUAUUGCCAGGCUGCUGACCUCCAGUGCCAGAGAAUCUACGGGAGAGGUUCCAAAAAUGGCCCUGAUGCCUGUUACGAAGAAGUCAAUAGUCAAACCGAUAGGUUUGGCCACUGCGGAAAUGAUCCAAACAUGGGAUACAAAAGCUGCAGCUGGAUGAAUCUCAAGUGCGGGAAGUUAAUUUGUACCUAUCCAAUUCGUGUUCCAUUUAUUCAAGAAAACACGGCUGUGAUUUAUGCUCAAGUGCGUGAGGAUCUGUGCGUGUCUUUAGAUUACAUGCAGCCAGCCACAGCGAAAGACCCGAUGAUGGUGAAAGACGGCACAAUGUGUGCUACUGGCAAGGUUUGCAUAAAUGGAAAGUGCCAGGUAGAAGGCGUUCUGGGCUACGAUUGCAAUCCAGCAACAAAGUGCAACGGACACGGGGUGUGCAAUAACAAGAAAAAUUGCCACUGCGAUCCUGGCUGGCAGCCUCCAAAUUGCCAAACCAGAGGAUCCGUGCUAGGCGGAAGCAUCGACAGCGGACUUCGCUUUUUGGGCUCUGAUGAUGCCCUGGAGCGAGCUGCCCAGAGGACGAUGAAGAAUUGGCUGGUGCUGGGCUUCUGCCUCUUUCUGCCUGUCCUUGUCGGCGCUGCCCUCAUGGUUGCCAAGCGGAAGGAGCUCAGCCAGCUGUGCGCCGAGGAGGAGUCCCAAGGCGAUGAGGAGGGAGAGGAAGGAGGUGCCAGGCUGGGGAUGCGCCUUUCUCUGCACCCCCUGGGACGGGCUGCGCUGGUGGCUGAGGGGGCCUGUGGGUCUGGUGCUGUUGUGGGCAUUCCCAAGAUCUCCUACGUGCUUACAAUAGAAGGGAAGCCCUACACCGUUCACCUGCAGCAGCAAGUGUUUUUACCCAGCGAUUUCAGGGUGUAUACUUACAGCAGACAAGGUGCCGUGCACGCUGAAAUCCCAACUAUUAAGCGUGACUGCUUCUACAGAGGAUACGUUGUUGGUUUCCCCAGUUCGGUUGUGACUCUCAGCACCUGCGCUGGACUGAGGGGGGUUCUGCAGGUGGAGAACGUCACCUACGGCAUCGAGCCCUUGGACUUGGCGCCUGGGUUCCAGCACUUGAUGUAUCGGGUCUGGAACGAGGACAUUGAGAGUCAGCUCUUUGUGGAGAACAACACUCUUUCAGGGGACGGAGGAGUCAUACUUCAGCCAGACGCAGGAAGAGACGCUAUACCAAUACAAGGCCUCAGCAAAUCCCCCAGAUAUGUGGAAAUGCACGUGGUUGUGGCUAAGGCUCUAUACGACUACAUGGGCUCCGACAAGGAGGUGGUGACAGAGAAGGUCGUGCAGCUCCUCAGCUUUGUCAACAGUGUGUUUGCCCCUCUCAAUGUGACCAUCAUCCUGUCGUCCCUGGAGCUGUGGGUGGACGAGGACCAGAUGGCGACGGCAGGGGAAGCCCCCGAGUUGCUGUGGAGGUUUCUGCGGUGGAAGAGCCUGCACCGCCCGCUGCGGCCGCACGACCUCAGCUACCUGUUGGUGUCCCGGGAGCGGCCAGAGCACGUGGGGGCCUCCUUUGCAGGGCAGCUGUGUCUGCGCAACUACUCGGGAGGGGUGGCCCUGUACCAGAGAGCAGUGACCCUGGAGACCUUUUCAGUCGUCGUGGCUCAGCUGCUGGGUCUGAGCCUGGGGAUGACCCUCGAGGACCCCAGGACCUGUCGCUGCGCGGGAGCCACCUGCGUCAUGCACCCCGGCACAGUAGGUGCCAGCGGCCCCAGGGCCUUCAGCGCCUGCAGCAUCCGAGACUUGGCGAGGUUCCUGGCGAGCGAGGAUGGACGCUGCCUCCUGAACAGGCCGCACAUGAACGUGUCGUACCGGGCGCCCGUCUGCGGCAACAAUAUCGUGGAGCCCGGGGAGGAGUGCGACUGUGGCUCGUCAUGGGAGUGCCAGAGGAGCCGGUGCUGCCAGCCCACCUGCAGAUUCAGAAGCAACAUCAAAUGUUCCACUGGGCUCUGCUGCUGGGAGUGCCAGUUCCUGCGCAACGGUACGUUAUGUCGAAGCACUGUGGAUGGCGAGUGCGAUCUCCAGGAGUACUGCAAUGGAUCCUCUGCGGCCUGCCCGCCUGACUUCUGGGUCAUGGAUGGGCACCCGUGCAAGCGGCAGUCUGGCUACUGUUACAAAAGCAGGUGCCAGCUGGCCGACAAGCAGUGCACCCAAGUGUUUGGGAGAGGGGCAAAAAGCGCACCUUUGGCUUGCUAUGAAGAAGUCAAUAGCAAAAACGACCGCAUGGGGAACUGUGGCUCCCAGCCGACGGGGUACCUGAGCUGCCUGGCGAGUGACUUCCUCUGCGGGAAGCUGGUGUGUGAGGUGCCGCUAAAAAAGCCCUUUGUGAAGACGACAGCAGCCGUCAUCUAUGCCAGGGCCAAGAGUCACCUGUGCGUCACCCUGGACUACAUGCAGGAACUGGGCAAGACGGACCCCAUGGCGGUGAGCGAUGGCACUGUCUGCGGGGACAAGAAGAUCUGCAUAAACCGGAAGUGCGUGGAUGUUUCUGUCCUGGGCUACAACUGUGACGUGGCGGCCAAAUGCAACAAUCGCGGGGUCUGCAACAACAGAGGAAACUGUCACUGCGAAUCUGGCUGGAUGCCGCCCGACUGCACUGUUAAGACGAAAGCUGGCUUUGGGGGAAGCAUCGACAGCAACUUCAGAAGCAGUCCGAUCACCGACGGAGUCCACAUGACCACCGUGAGAAACUGGCUGCUGCUGAGCUGCUUUCUCUUUCUGCCGGUCCUGAUCGGUUUUGUCAUCCUGGUGAUGAAGCGCAAGAAGCUGGCACAGUGCUGUGACAAGGAGGAGCUGCAGGCUGACAACCUAGAAGACGUGGGCAAGCCGGGAGAUCCCAGGUAAAUGUCAGCUGUCUAACAGUGCCGUAGGCCCGGAGCACCGGUUGCUUUGCUGUUAGUAUGUGUCAGAUGGACGUGUCGACAGCUUUGCUCGGGGGGCUAGGCGGUUGCCCCCUCGAUCCGAAAGGCGCUGCUUUGAUCCUGAAGGGCGUAGCCCAGAGGAGCUGAGGGCCCGUGCUGGGAAUUUCUAGAGGCAGACAACCCGAGACAUGUUUGGAAGACGGGCCGCGAGAAGGAUGGAGCAGCCCCGCAGGGCUUCCUGCAGAAGCGGGUGCCUGUUGUAAUGAGUGAGCGUGGUGUAUUUUCUCCUGAGUGGGUGCCGCAGCUUUGAGUGGGGUGUGUGUUUUGCUGAGAGUCCCACUGGGAGUCGGCGGUGGUGUCUGAUAGCCCUCUUCCCUGCCCAGUGAG